GGGGGGGGGGCGGGGCAGGGGUCAGGGAGAAGAGAAAAGGGCUGGAUAAGGAGGAAGACAACCAUAGAGUUCGGACUUCUCUCCUUCCCAGGGUAGAGCGGCCCCUAGAGUUGCGGGGCUAGAGGCUUUCAGAGGGGGUCUCUUAGGGGCGGGGGGUGGGGGUCUUUUUGACAACAGGCCGCUGGCUGGAUCAUGGCGACCAGGAACCCCCGUCCCACAGAACACGACAGUGAUGAUGACUCUUAUGAAGUACUGGAUUUAACAGAGUAUGCAAGAAGACACCACUGGUGGAACCGCGUAUUUGGCCACAGUUCCGGACCUAUUGUAGAGAAAUAUUCUGUAGCUACUCAGAUUGUGAUGGGUGGAGUUACUGGAUGGUGUGCAGGAUUUUUAUUCCAGAAAGUUGGAAAACUUGCAGCAACUGCAGUGGGCGGUGGCUUUCUUCUCCUGCAGAUUGCCAGUCAUAGUGGCUAUGUGCAAGUUGACUGGAAGAGAGUUGAAAAAGAUGUCAACAAAGCAAAAAGACAGAUUAAAAAAAGAGCAAAUAAAGCUGCACCUGAAAUCAAUACCAUCAUUGAAGAGUCAACAGAAUUUAUCAAACAGAACAUAGUGGUAUCCAGCGGAUUUGUGGGAGGCUUCUUGCUAGGCCUUGCAUCUUAAAGACAUGAAUGUUGCUGUUUUGGUGGAUUAAUUAACAACAGAAACACUGGUGACGGUGUGCUCUCUUACAAAGUAGUGCCGGUCACCAGAUUCUUCUGGGGAAGAAGACUAACUAGGUGGACAACACUGAAACUUAUACUUUUAGACUUUUGCCUUCUGAAGCUCGGCAAACUAGGAUUUGCUAAAAUAAAUAAAUAAAUAAACUGUGCAGUAUAUAUCACAUUUCUGGACAAAACCUGGCUAACUUUCAUCAUGACUUUUUAAUCCUGUGCCUGUUCAGAGAUUAGCGUUUUUAAUGUAACUGUUGGUAUAGAUAUGUAAUUGUCUUGGUAAAAGGACCUUUUGUUUGACAUUUUCCCACUGAAUUGCUAUUUUUUCUUUAUCUAAAAAGCAUUCUCCAUUGUGCUGUAGAGCAAAUAGUGCCAAUAAAUAAUAUGUAUUAUAGUUUGAAUAUCAGCAGAUAAGAAAUCGGUUUGCAAUAAACUGUAGAACUGUAAUGUACUUUUAUGGAAGGAUUAGAAAUACUUAUUAGAGAUAUUAAAAACAAAUUAAACAGA